AUAGACUACAGCUGUGCUUGAAAAUCAUAAUUGAGAAUUGUCAAAAAAUGGCGCGCGUUUCUUUAGUUGCUUGUGUGAUUUUUCUUUUUCAAUGUCCUAAUAUACAAGGCAGGUUUCUCGUAGUACCGGAAGAUGUCGCUAUGCUUUUUACUACUAUAUACGGCUUCGCACCACCUAUACAUAAAGGCAACGAUCACCGGAUUGGAUUUGGUUACCGCUUUGGGAACCACGCAGAUUUCCAAGUACUAUAUGAAUUAGGACCUCAAACUACUACUAAGGAGUUGCAGUCAAUUGACGUAAGAUCCCAACCACAGUUGGAUCGCAAAAGUCGAAGACCUCUGGUAGAUUUGUUGGUGCGCGCUGGUCUUGUCAAAGAUGCAUCUUAUAACAACAACGUUGUUCAUGAUGAACCAAAAUAAUGUAUUUAGUUAUGAAUAUAAUUGGGUUUAAGACCUUUUUUAUAAUUAGGCCCUUAGUACGAAUUCCAGACAUAUUUACAACUUUCCAUGAGCAUUAUUUAGCUAAAAAAGAAUAAUUAUUAUAAAAUAAAAACAAACAAAUACUUGAAAUUAUAUUGUAUUAUCACUCCUAUAUUAAUAUAAACAUUACACAUUAGUCUUUUUCGUUCAUGGCAAUACAAUUUUGAACAUUAAAUAAAAAGUUAUCUACAUCCUUACGAGAAACGACCUUUAGAAUAACCCGUCUUACGUCAUCACAAACGGACAAUCUUUUACGGUUCUUCACUGACCAAAAUGUAUCGAUAUCUAAUUAAAUUUUGGUAAUAAAAUGUAUAGUUUAUAACUGCUUAAAGUUUUAUUUUUACU